AUGCCUAAAGCGUCUUCCAGAGCGCCUCUCCCUACUUCUUCAUCCGAUUUUGCUUUGCCAUCGACCUCGUCAAGUCCUGGCGCUUCGUCGUCCUCUGUUACUCUAGAUGACCCCAGUUUUUUGUUCAAUCGUCUACGGCGGUCAAGUCUACUUCAAAAGUCUACGUAUCUUGCCGAACCUGGUCGGUUACACAGUCCUUUGGCUUCUUCUUUCACCCUUCACGCCAGACGACGAAGUCAGAAUGCAGUGAUAUCAGAAGAGUCAGAAAGCGACAAGGAUAGGAUGAUGACAGACUCUCCAAAUAGCUCAGAAACGCAUACUCCGCCUCUGAAACUCGGUACAAACAGUGAAGAGGAUCUUACUUCUAAGCCAGCAAUCAGACAGGUGCCAUUGACCCCGCCGCGACGGAGGUCUUCAGCCAGUAUUGAUGCCUCAGAUAUGCCCACCAUAUUUAACCGCAGACUCUCUUUUCCACUUAAGCAACCACGUAUAUUGAAUCUUUUGGCGGAGUCGCGUCCUGAAGAAAUUGAGAUUAAAUCGGAGGCUGCUUUUCAAAAAUUAGUAGCAUCCGUAUCUGAACUACCAGCACAACCACGGACACCACGGGCACUUGCUGAUCGUGGGCGCUACCCAGAAGAAGCGGUGCAUGAAGAAGUUACAAGAGAAGAAACUCCUAGUGAUGAUGAACUGGAACUGGACGAAGGCCCCUUUGCGUUCUCAACACCGUCAGGAACUCAACCUAUAAAUAUAAUGAAACCACGCACUCCAGGGGGCAGCAUAUCAGGAAGUAUUAACGGUGAUGAAUUAGGUAUGAGCAUAUCAGAAACAUCGUCGAGUCUCGGUGCAGCAGCUAUGGACAUUGAUACAGCACCUUUGGGUUCACCGUUAUUGCCAUCUAUGGGGCCAAUCACCCACUGGAGAUACACCCCGCCUCCUACAACCAGUGCUGUUCGAUCUAACAAACGUAAACUUGAAGAUCGUUUCGACCCUUAUCCAAGCAGCUCAAAGAGGCGGGCAGUGUCUCCAUCCUUACAGUAUCUUCGUGAAUCGCAUCAACAAACAAAUUCCCCCAUUUCCAGGGGUAGUAAUCCCCGACAUCCUAUCGCUAUCCCGGUUGCUACAUCUACUGCAAGCUCGGCAGCUUCAUCACCUACAAUCUCUAGUGCUUAUCCUCCAUAUCCUCGUGGCAUCAAUAUCACUUCUAGUCCUACACUUAGAGCAACAAUGACUAUGCCUAGUCCCAUCCUGCGUCCUUUGUGCCGCCGUCGCGAUGAAGAAGAUGAAAGAGAGAUAGAAGGGGCAGGGGAAGCUGUUGGUAGCCUAACAAUUGGGUAUAACCUCUUCGCAUAG